CGCGUGACGUCACGAGGGACCAGGAAGUUGCCGCUCCGCCCGUGAACUGAAAUCCGAGCUGUCGCUGCCUCUGUCGCUUCAUCUGCCGAAUUUGUCUGAUGGAGCAAAGGCACUCGGCGAAGCUCGGUACGACAAGGCAACAAUGCGACCGGUGUGCAUACAGCACGGAUCAUCCUGGAAAAUUGACACGGCACCAGAGAACUCACACACGAGAGAAACCCUUCAAGUGCAGUGUGUGUGGGAAGCCGUUUGCACAUUCAUCUAUUCUUGUAAUACACCAGAGAACACACACGGGAGAGAAACCUUUCAAGUGCAGUGUGUGUGGGAAGGUGUUUGCACAGUUAUCUACUCUUGUAGCACACCAGAAAACACACACGGGAGAGAAACCCUUCAAGUGCAGUGUGUGUGGGAAGGCGUUUUCAAAGUCAUGUGCUCUUAAAAAACACCAGAGAACACACACGGGAGAGAAACCCUUCCAGUGCAGAGUGUGCGGGAAGGCGUUUGCACAGUCAUUUGCUCUUGUAGCACACCAGAGAACACACACGGGAGAGAAACCCUUCAAGUGCACUGUGUGUGGGAAGGCGUUUUCAAAGUCAUCUGCUCUUCAAAGACACCAUAGAACACACACGGGAGAGAAACCCUUCAAGUGCACUGUGUGUGGGAAGGCGUUUGCACAUUCAUCUGCUCUUGUAAUACACCAGAGAACACACACGGGAGAGAAACCCUUCAAGUGCAGUUUGUGUGGGAAGGCGUUUUCAGAUCCAUCUGCUCUUCAUGUCCACCAGAGAAGACACACGGGAGACAAACCCUUCAAGUGCAGUGUGUGUGGGGAGGCGUUUGCACAGUCAUCUGCUCUUGAAAGACACCAGAGAACACACAUGGGAGAGAAACCCUUCAAGUGCACUGUGUGUGGGAAGGCUUUUGCACAUUCAUCUGCUCUUGAAAGACACCAGAGAACACACACGGGAGAGAAACCCUUCAAGUGCAGUGUGUGUGGGAAGGUGUUUGCACAGUCAUCAAAUUUUACACAGCACCAGAGAACUCACACUGGAAAGAAACCCUUCAAGUGCAGUGUGUGUGGGAAGGCGUUUGCAGAGUCAUCUACUCUUCAUGUACACCAGAGAACACACACGGGAGAGAGACCCUUCAGGUGCAUUGUGUGUGGAAAGGCGUUUACACGUUCAUCUCAUCUUGUAGCACACCAGAGAACACACACGGGAGAGAAACCCUUCAAGUGCAGUGUGUGUGGGAAGGCGUUUGCAGAGUCAUCUACUCUUGUAGCACACCAGAGAAUGCACACGGGAGAGAAACCUUUCAAGUGCAGUGUGUGUGGGAAGGCGUUUUCACAGUCAUCUACUCUUGUAGCACACCAGAGAACACACACGGGAGAGAAACCCUUCAAGUGCAGUGUGUGUGGGAAGGCGUUUGCACAUUUAUAUACUCUUAUAACGCACCAGAGAACUCACACGGGAGAGAAACCCUUCAAGUGCAGUGUGUGUGGCAAGGCGUUUUCACAGUCAGCUAAUCUUGUAGCACACCAGAGAACACACACGAGAGAUAAACCUUUCAAGUGCAGUGUGUGUGGGAAGGUGUUUGCACAGUCAUCUGUUUUUAAAAAACACCAGAAAACACACACGGGAGAGAAAUCCUUCAGAUGCACUCCGUGCGGGAAGGCAUUUUCAGAUUCAUCUUCUCUUCAUGUACACCAGAGACCACACACGGUAGAGAGACCCUUCAGGUGCAUUGUGUGUGGAAAGGCGUUUACACAUUCAUCUCAUCUUGUAGCACACCAGAGAACACACACGGGAGAGAAACCCUUCAAGUGCAGUGUGUGUGGGAAGGCGUUUUUACUUUCAUCUCAUCUUGUAGCACACAAGAGAAUACACACGGGAGAGAAACCCUUCAAGUGCAGUGUGUGUGGGAAGGCGUUUGCAGAGUCAUCUACUCUUGUAGCACACCAGAGAAUGCACACGGGAGAGAAACCUUUCAAGUGCAGUGUGUGUGGGAAGGCGUUUUCACAGUCAUCUACUCUUGUAGCACACCAGAGAACACACACGGGAGAGAAACCCUUCAAGUGCGGUGUGUGUGGGAAGGCGUUUUCACAGUCAGCUAAUCUUGUAGCACACCAGAGAACACACACAGGAGAGAAACCCUUCAAGUGCAGUGUGUGUGGGAAGGCGUUUUCACAGUCAAUUAAUCUUGUAGCACACCAGAGAACACACACAGGAGAGAAACCCUUCAAGUGCAAUGUGUGUGGGAAGUUGUUUUCACAUUCAUGUUCUCUUGUAGCACACCAGAGAACACACACGGGAGAGAAACCCUUCAAGUGCAGUGUGUGUGGGAAGGCGUUUGCACAUUCAUCUGCUCUUCAUGCACACCAGAGAACACACACGGGAGAGAAACCCUUCAAGUGCAGUGUGUGUGGGAAGGCGUUUUCACAGUCAGCUAAUCUUGUAGCACACCAGAGAACACACACGAGAGAGAAACCUUUCAAGUGCAGUGUGUGUAGGAAGGCAUUUUCACAGUCAGCUAAUCUUGUAGCACACCAGAGAACACACACGAGAGAGAAACCUUUCAAGUGCAGUGUGUGUGGGAAGGUGUUUGCACAGUCAUCUGUUUUAAAAAAACACCAGAAAACACACACGGGAGAGAAAUCCUUCAGAUGCACUCCGUGCAGGAAGGCAUUUUCAGAUUCAUCUCUUCAUGUACACCAGAGAACACACAUGGGAGAGAACCCCUUCAAGUGCAGUGUGUGUGUGAAGGCGUUUGCACAGUCAUCUGCUCUUCAAAGACACCAGAGAACACACAAGCAUCAGAAGAUCCACAAGGAGUGGAGUCUGAAAUCAGCUUGUGAAAGUCAAAGUGCCGCAAUGAUCUCAUCCCUCAUCAAACAAGAACGGGAAGAAAAUCCCAGCUUGGACGCUUUUAAAAGUGUCAAGGUGAAAUAUGAAGAAGUGAUGGUGAAGAGUGAAGAAGUGAUGGUGAAGAGCGAAGAAGUGAAGGUAAAAUGUGAAGAUGAAGAGUCAACUCCAAAAUCUGACCUUCACAUCGAUGGAGGCAACGUGAAGCAGGAGGAGAAUUCUGACUGUGAGGCAGAGCGAGGCAACUCCCAGCAGUUUGUGGAAGUGGAGGUGUGGGUGGACUUCCUCCGAGACAAUACAAAGUCAAAUUGAGACCCGGUAGAUGUGUUAGCUUGAGACGAUGUCGCUGCAAUAGAUGCACCUUUGUCACAGGCUCUUAAUGACAAGAAUGUGAAGUUGAACACUCAAUUCCUAGGUUCAACCUGCAGAGUAAGAGCAGCAAGCCUGUGUGGACCUGUGGGUUGGGUAGAUCUCUAACCAGGAGCGAAUGCCAAUAAGCUCCCAAGCAUACACAGAGUUAUCAAUUGCAUUUAUAUGGUGCUUGCUUAAUCGCCUCGGCAACUCGGAGUUUUGCAUCGUAUCUCGUUUCAAACACUCGAAGAGCAUCCCCAGGUAGCAGCUGCCCCUAUGUGGCACAAGGUGGUGGCCGUGCACCGGCCUGCAUGUGGACAAGAGCCUGUCAGUAGGAGGCGAUGGUUGAUGUGGCAUCUUAGUUGUGGAGUUUGUAGGUAAUGUUUAGAAUUUCAUCAAUUUUGACCCUGAUGCCAGCAUGCAAUGGCCUACUCGUUUUGAAUGGUGCAUUAGUAUGUUGUACAUACACUGUUAAGCAGACGGUGCGUAUUUUUUUAAUUAGCUUCUUGUUAAUAGGAUGUAACCUAAUGCAGUAUAUUUCAGUGCAGUAAUUCAAUUUUGUUAAUAUGCCUGUCAAUAAUUUAGAAUGAAUACUUGUUUGAUGGUGUGCGUACAUGUACCAUUUGGUCUAUAAGGGUCAAACAUUGAAUAAGUGAUGUUAGGACAAAGUGUUUGUUUUGCAAGUAACCUGUACAGAUCACUCAGGUGAGACUCAUAGUUCUUGUGAUACAGGUCAAAGGGUACUUUUGUGUUUUCAGGUAGCGUCUGCCUUUGGAGCAACUCAUUGUCUUUGAAAUAGGGAGCACACUCGGAUCAUUCAUCAUUUACAAGGCAUACCACUCAAAAGUUACACGUAGAGGAGAUACAUUCUCAACAACACGAAUUAUAAUUUUGUAUUACGUGUUGACGUAGAUUUUGUCGAAUUAGGACGAGAAAUGGUCCUCGCCGAUUAACGUCUGGAUGUUCACAACCAUGGGGUUGAAGCAAGCCUGACCGCCUGCGGUGCCCCUCACAACCAUUUACGGCCUUGGGCCAGGAAAGUCACGAAAAAAAUUCACACGAACGACACAUCCACGCAAGCACCCGAUGCUCCGUUUAGAAUUUUUAAAAUGAAACAACUUUGAAUUGUAUUAUUUUUUAAUUAGAUAAUUUUAUUUCUUCAUUAAAGCUUAUGUCAUUUUACAUCUGGAA